AUGCUGAUUGGGGAUUGGAAUAUUGUUAGAUGUAACUCUGAGAAGCUGGGAGGUAGAUACCAUUCUCCAAGAGUUUUUGCUGAAUUUAAUCAUACCAUUGAUUCUUUAUGCUUAACUGAUAUUCCUGUGACAAAUGGGACUUAUACAUGGUGUAACAAUAGAUUCUUAAAUAGAAGAAUUUUUGCUAGAUUGGACAGAGGAUUGAUGAAUGAGGAAUGGGAUCAGACUUAUCCAAAUGCUCAAAUAGUUUUGACUCCACCUCUGACUUCUGAUCAUUGGGGAUUAAUCCUUCAUUUACCAAUGAAGAUUACUGAUGGUCCUAAACCAUUUAGAUUUUUGACAGUGUGGAACAAGGAAAUUGCUGUUAAGGAUAUUAUUUCUGAUGUGUGGAAUUUGAAGACCAGUGGGGAACCUAUAAAGAAGAUGCUUUACAAGUUGAAAUUGGUUAAGCAGGCAGUUAAACAAUGGAACAAGGAUAAAUUUGGUUAUAUUUUUGAACAGGUGAUUGGUUGUAGGAAGUCUCUUACUCAAAUUCAGUUUUUAUUAAAUAAUGAUCCUUUGAAUGAAGCUUUUAUCCAGCAAGAAGAAGAAGGUAGGAGGAAAUUGGAGGCUGCUAUUUCUAAUAAGGCUUUAACUCUGGCUCAGAAAUCUAGAAUUCAAUAG